AAUCAUAAAAAUAUCUUACUCAACAUGUUCUUUUUGCCUACUAUCAUAUCACAAAAUCCAAAUAAUAAUUUUUUAGGAAGCAAAAGAACUAUAAAUACACAUCUAACAUAACUGAAUUCUCUCCACACUACACAAUCUCAAACUCCAAAUCCAUAUUCCAUUAUCCUCUUUCACCAAACUAUUGAAAUAGUACCCAAAAGAGCCAAAAGAAAAUGCAUGGUGGAUUCUUCAACUGUGGUGAGGCAGCCAUUGUUGAAGCUUUGAAUGUGAAUGUGUAUGGCAAUGGCACGGCGACGGUUGUGUUGGCUCACGGGUUCGGUCUGGAUCAAAGCGUGUGGCGCUACGUGAUCCCGUACCUUGCUUGCUUCUUCAAAGUGGUCGUUUUCGACUCGAUUUUCUCUCCAAAUGUGAAGCAUGAGCUUUAUGAUGAGAAGAAGUACUCAAGUUUUGAUGGGUAUGCAAGAGAUUUGGUGUGUGUUCUUGAGCAUCUCCAUGUUGAAAGAAGUAUUUAUGUGGGUCACUCCAUGUCUGCCAUGAUUGGAUGUGUUGCUGCAACCUAUAGGCCUCAACUCUUUACUCAUCUUAUCUUGUUGAAUGCUUCGCCAAGGUAUAUCAAUGAUAAAGGAUACUAUGGGGGCUUUGAGAGGCCACAACUUGAUGGAAUCUUCAAACAAAUGGAUCAAAACUUCACAAAUUGGGUAAAAAAUUUUGCUCCUUUUGCAGUGGCAGUGAAUGAUUCAAAAGCAAUUUCAGAGUUUGAGCACUCUUUGGGAAGAAUGAAGCCAAAAAUUGCCCUUAGUGUGGCAAAAAAGGUGUUCUUAAGUGACUUGAGAAGGCUUCUACCAAAAGUUAGGACUCCAUCCACAAUUAUUCUCACAAGAAAAGACAAUAUUGUCCCAAAAUCUGUUGCAUUUUACAUGAAAUCAAAGAUGGGUGGCCAUGCAAAUGUGAAGAUAUUGAACUCUGAAGGCCACUUCCCUCAGCUAAUAGCUUAUCCUCAGUUUUUGAAGGUUUUGAGUCAAGUUCUCCGCCUCAAAGAUAAGAAUCAUCCCUCUCAAGAUUGAUUCUUAAAAUGAGAUCUGACGAAUUUAUGUGAAGAAUUAAGGCGUUGUUUGAUAAUCAUUUUGGUUUCUAGUUUUCUGCUUUUAGAAAUUAUCGGCUUGUUUUUGUACAAUUUCAUUGGUAAGUGAUUCAAUUGUGAAAUAAAUAAAAUAUCACGACGUGUAUAUCUAGGGAAUAGUUGUUUCUUCCUAUUGAAAGGAUCUUCGAAUCAAUCCAGAGAUCAUUUCGAUUC